GGGCUUCGAAGCUUGGGCCAUGCCGGUGCGACUCGCGGAACAGGCCCGGUGCCCCUACCUCCUCCUCUCCGAACCCCGAGCUCCCACAAGAACUCCACCGAUUCCGCCGGCGGGACUCCUGUCCGGGAUACGCCGAUCUAGAAUGGCGGCCAACUUCUGGACGUCGUCGCACAGCAAGCAGCUGCUGGACCCGGAGGAUGUGGACGUGGUGCCGGCGAAAGACCGGGAGCGGGGCGUCACGCCCGUGGAGUUCCGCCUCGUCAAGAUCCACAUGUCCUUCCAUAUAUGGCGGUUGGCCCAGCAGGUCAAAGUUAGACAAAGAGUCAUAGCUACUGCAAUCACAUACUUCAGGCGUGUCUACACAAGAAAGAGCAUGACAGAGUAUGAUCCUCGUUUGGUAGCACCAGCUUGUUUGUAUUUGGCAUCAAAGGUAGAGGAAAGCACAGUGCAAGCAAGGCUUCUUGUAUUUUACAUCAAGAAGAUGUGUGGUUCUGAUGACAAGUACCGAUUUGAAAUCAAAGAUAUCCUUGAAAUGGAAAUGAAGCUCCUGGAAGCACUCGACUAUUAUUUGGUUGUUUACCAUCCAUACCGUCCUCUUCUACAGUUAUUGCAGGAUGCUGGCAUAACAGAUCUGACACAAUUUGCCUGGGGCCUUGUCAAUGAUACUUACAAGAUGGAUCUCAUUCUCAUAUAUCCUCCUUAUAUGAUUGCAUUGGCCUGCAUAUACAUUGCAAGCGUUCUUAAAGAUAAGGACACAACCUCGUGGUUUGAAGAACUCCGCGUUGACAUGAACAUUGUUAAGAAUAUCUCAAUGGAAAUCUUGGACUUUUACGACACCUACAAGAUUGAUCCUCAAAGGGGCCUCCAGGAGGACAAGAUCAUCCCUGUGAUGAACAAGUUGCCAUCAAAGGCCUGAAGGCUGAUCUGACACCUGACCGUUUAACCACCUUAUAACGCCUAUCAUCUGGAUUGUGUUACCCCGUAACCCUGAACAUCUUCGAAGGCGAGAUCCAGGGAAUGCCCUGGGACUUGGAUGACAUAAAUUGUUAGGCGAUUAGGCGCAAGUUAUUUAGGGGGUAGUCUGUAAUACUUGGCAUCUGAUUUCUGUAUCAUCCAAAACCCAAGUGAAAUUGUUUGAACCUGAGCCCUGUUUGUUGGCUUGUUCUUAAGAGUUCCUCCAUUUAUCUGAAA